AUAUUAGAUAUAACAAUGAUGCUACAUUUAAUGGAAAUCUUUAACAUUUUGUGGAUGAUGUAAAAAAAACUGAAAGUGAAAAUGCACUAAAAUACUGGUGAGUCACACCUACUGUAACAACACCUGUUUUGCACACGACUAUUAAACACAAAACCAGGAAACUACUUCAGCUGUUCGUUUAAAAAAACAUAGACUUUUUAAGCGACUGUCUCACUCUGUAUAUUAGUGAAAUAUGGCAGAAGCUCAUGUUUUUCAGGACAAGUUCAGCUGUUCAGUGUGUUUGGAUCUCCUGAAGGAUCCAGUGACCAUUCCCUGUGGACACAGUUACUGUAUGAGCUGUAUUACAAACUGCUGGGAUCAGGAUGUGAUGGGAAUCUACAGCUGCCCUCAAUGCAGACAAACCUUCACACCAAGACCUGUUUUAUUUAAAAAUGUGAUGAUUGCUGAAAUGGUGGAGGAACUGAAGAAGACAAAACUUCAGACUGCUGUUCCUGCUGACUCUUAUGCUGAAGCUGGAGAUGUGGAGUGUGACGCCUGUACUGAGAGAAAAUACAAAGCUGUCAAGUCCUGUCUGGAGUGUCUGAAGUCUUACUGUCAAAAUCAUCUUAAACAACAUGAGAAUUUCAUCAAUGACAGGAGGCAUCAUUUGAUGAAUCCCACCAGACAACUUCAUGAGAUGAUCUGCUCAAAACAUAAUAAACAACUAGAAAUCUACUGUCGCACCGACCGGCACUGCAUUUGUUAUCUGUGUACGAUGGAAGAACAUAAAAACCAUGAUACUGUGACAGCUGAAGCAGAAAGAACUGAGAAACAGAGAGUUUUGGGAGAGCGACAGAGAAAAUUACAUCAGAUAAUUGAGGAGAGAGAGAAGGAGCUUCAGGAGCUGAGAGAGGCUGUGGACUCUCAUGCGCGCUCUGCACAGACAGCAGUGGAGGACAGUGAGAGGAUCUUUACUCAACUGAUCCGAUCCAUUGAGAGAAGACGAUCUGAGGUGACACAACUGAUCAGAGAUCAGGAAAAGACUGCAGUGAGUCGAGCUGAAGGAGUCAUGAAGCGUCUGGAGGAGGAGAUUGAUGAUCUGAGGAGGAGAGACGCUGAACUGGAGCAGUUUUCACAUACAGACAAUCACAUCCAUUUCCUACAGGGUUUUCAGUCUCUGUCUGCAGCUCCUGAGUCUUCAGUCUCACACAGAUUUACUCUCAGCUCUCUCCUCUCUUUUGAUGAUGUGAGAAAAUCUCUCUCUCAACUGAAAGACAAACUGGAGGAUUUCUUUAGAGAGGAGAUAGAGGAGAUAUCUGGUGAAGUUACAUGUAUCUCAGUUAUUUCUGCUGAAUUGAAGAGCAUGGACAAUUUCUUUCAAUAUUUCAAGCAGUUCACACUGGAUUCAAACACAGUUAAUAAAUACAUUCAGCUGUCUGAUGGGAACAGAACGGCUACUCGCACUAACACAGUCCAUCAGUAUCCUGAUCAUCCAGACAGAUUUGAUCAGCGGCGUCAGGUGUUGUGUAGAGAGAGUUUGUGUGAACGCUGUUACUGGGAGGUUGAGUGGAGCGGUGCUGUCAGUAUAUCAGUGUCAUAUAAGAGCAUCAGCAGGAAAGGAUGGGGUUAUGAGUGUUCGUUUGGACGUAAUGAUCAGUCCUGGAGCUUGAACUGCAAUGACUUCAGGUGCACAUUCAGUCACAAUAACAAACACACUGAACUCCCUGUAGUGUUGAGCUCCUGUAGAAUAGGAGUGUAUGUGGAUCACAGUAAAGGAUCUUUGUCCUUCUACAGCGUUUGUGAUACAAUGAACCUCAUACACAGAGUCAACACCACAUUCACUCAACCACUUUAUCCUGGGUUUUGGGUAAAUUUAGGUUCAGUUAAGUUAUGUAAUCCAGCAGUGUAAAUGACAUGAAGAUUCUCUGUAGUACUGUAAACUUAAAAUAUUCAUUGAAUCCCUUUACCCUGGGCCUUUUUGAUUGUAAGAGUUUCCACAGCCAGUCUUGUCAUUUUGUGAAAUUUAUCAUACAAUUAAUGCUGUUAAAUUCAGGGCUAAGGGGUGAUUGGGACAUGAUUAUACGGAAAAUAAAAAUCAGAAAAUUAAGAAAACUUGAUAAUUUAAAAUGGAUAUUGUAAGACUACAAGCAAAUUAAUUGAGCUGAAUUACUUUGUCUUCAUGUCUGCAUUCAAAACUCAUAUUCAUUGACUUUUACCUUCAUGUUUGGAGAGGAGUAACUUUUAGCAAGCUAAGUUGCUUAGUUUGAAGGUAUUUCAGGUAUUUAAGUCAGAAAACAUUUUAUUGAGAUUAUGAUUUUGGUUUGGAGCUUUUUAAAAUAAAAAACAAAGCGUUAAUGUCAACUGUAAAAAGUAUCAUUAUGAUUUAAAAUAUAUCAGUGGCCGCUCGUGACUGCUCUUCCGACGGGCGCAAAUUCAAAAUAUGUGUUUGUAGCAUCAUGUAAACCCUGUGCAUCUCGUGUUUUGUCAAAAUAAGUGCCUGCUCCACACGUGUCAAAACCAUUUAUGAUAAAAGAGACGCUCACGUUCACAAAAUACACACAAGACACUCGCUUAACAGUAAACUCUGAUUACACAUUACAUUAUGUGAGUAUCUGGCAAACGCGAGCGUCACUUUUAUCAUAAACCCUUUAGACGCAUCUGCAGCAGGCACUUAUUUUGACAGGACACGUGAUGCACAUAGCAGGGGCGUCACUAGACCCCUUUUACUGGGGCACGUGCCCCAGUGUAAAUCUUUUGUGCCCCGGUGUAAAUCUCAAGUUUAAAUUUUAGCAGUUAACUAGUGCAGUGGUUUUCAAACUUUUUUAGGAGCGACCCUAAUUUAAAAAAAUACAAAUUAUGCGACCGACACUCUACCCCCCCCCCCCCCCCUUAGUAGCAUGAAGCAGGGCGGGGCCGAAAGCCAUCAUAGUGGAGUGAGCCCGGUGAAACGUGCACGCGCGCAUCUGUAUGUAUUACCUAAUGAGCAGACCCGACACCAGACACAAAUUCACGGAUGGGCAUUUCAUUUUUUCAGGGGGCACAAAUGAGAUCAACCUCACUGCAAUUCAUAAUAUCAUUAAUUAUGAAAAUGGGCAAAAAACGAGGAAGAACUGACAUACGCAACACAACGGAGGAGUCUUAAAAAUUGGACCUAGCUUAUACUGAAGCAGUCUAAAAACACGUCGCAGGGCUCGACAUCAAUGCUUUCCGCUUAUCAGGGACAAGUAACGUUAGAUUAAAACGCCAAUAACAAUCACCAAAACACGCUAAUGAUUCUGCAUCCUUUAGUCUCAAUGACAACUGAAAGUGCAUAAUGUAAUAACGCUAAGUUAAACAAAUAAGUGCAGCAAACACAAAGUGAGUUAACACUGACAAAGUGGGUUAAACAUACUGCGGUAAAAAUGUGAAGUUUUUAAUAACAUGAUACAGUUAAGCAGCAUCACAUCACGGUUGAAAAUGUGACAGAUUUCAUGACAGUUCACUAAACAAGUAAUUAAUAUUAAGCCACUUACAUUUUAGACGCAAUGUUGACUGUUUUUGUGGUUUCAGCAGCGAAAAUAGUUCAAAGAUAACAGCAGAACCAUAACGUGUCAGUCUCACUGCAAAACUCAACCGUGUCGUAACGGUGGCGCUUUGCUUAGCAAACAACUAAACAUUUCCGCGCUCACUUUCGACAAACCAAUCAAAUACAUUAAAAAUAUAUAUUUUGUUAAAUCAGACCAAACACAUUUUUAUUUAGGAGUUUUUAUUUCCCCUUGCAUCAUUUAAAAAAUGUCUGUGACCCCGUGCGCAAUUUAAUCUGCUGUCUAUGAAUUUAAUACAGUAAGCUGCGCACGCACAUGGGUCAUGUGACACAGUGGUGGAGUAUUUUUUUAUUUAGUGUAUUUAAAAUAUAUUUUACUGUGCUUUUUUUCAAGUGUGUUGUAAUUAUUAUAGUUUUUAUAAUAAAAUUGAAUAAAUUAUUUUAGUAACAUUUUUUUGAAAUCUUUCUUGGCGA